UUGCCAUUUCUUUUUGUUUUUGUGUGCACGAGCAGCAGCGACACCAUGGAUGAGUUAGACGUCCCCCAAAUGAGGAGAGAAGUGGAAAGCCUUCAGUAUCAGCUGGCGAUCAGCAGGGAGAAAUCCUCCAUCACUGUCACUGAGCUGGUGAAGUGGAUCGAGGGCUGUGUUUGCGAAGAUCCAUUUCUGAAUCCUGAGUUGAUGCGAGCCAACCCCUGGGUGGAGAAGGGCAAGUGCGUGAUCCUCUAA